AUGGGCCUCUUCUCGCCUCCUGACUCUCCCUACGCACCUCCCUCUCUGAUCUACCAGCUCAUCUACCACCCUAUGACUACCUGCUUUACCUUCCUCCACCACAUCUUUCUCUACCUCCGCGGUGCCCCGUACAUCGCACCCAAAAACAAAAUCCCCAUCCGCGUCGUCUGCCUCUCGGACACCCACAGCCGGAUCCCACGCUCAGCUAUCCCCAAGGGCGACCUCUUAAUCCACUCCGGCGACCUUACGAACACCGGCUCGCUCUCCUCCAUCCAGCAAACCAUAGACUGGCUAAAAACUCUUCAAAAGCCCUGGCCCGGCUCCUCCGAUGGAUUUCGCCAUAUUGUGGUGGUGGCGGGGAACCACGAUAGCUAUUUUGACGAGCGCAGCCGUUCUGUACAUGAUAGGAGAAGUUCCAACCGCAAGCUAGACUGGGGGAAAAUCCACUACCUACAGCACUCGUCGGUCGAACUCACUUUUCCCGGCCCGCGCACCUUGCAUGUCUACGGCGCUCCGCAGAUACCUCAAUGCGGGGGCAAGGAGUUUGCUUUUCAAUAUACAAGAGGUAAAGAUGCUUGGAGCGAUACCAUCCCUGACGAAACGGACGUGCUAGUCACCCAUGGCCCGCCGAAAUGGCACCUUGACCUACCAACCAGUGGAGGCAUGGGCGAUGAGUUCGAGUUGACGGAGGUAUGGCGUGUCAGACCUACGCUGCAUGCCUUUGGACAUAUCCAUUCUGGUCACGGCGUUGAACCCGUCUGGUGGGACAGAAGCCAGCGUACAUUCGAAGAAUUUCUGGCCGCAGCGUACAAGAAGCCCGCAGACACCCCUGCCAGUCAUCGCAUGCCCUUUGCCGAGCUGCUGGAUUUACGGUUGUGGUGGAAGGGCCUCGACUGCGUGGUUGAAGAUGUGGUAGGCCUCCUGUGGACACGACUGUGGGGAGGCGCACGGCAGGGAGGUUACAUGGUCAAUGGCGCCCUGGCGUAUCAGACGACGACUCAGUUGUUGAAUAAACCCCGAGUCGUGAAUCUGUAG